AUGGCUCAACAACAGUCCUUCGAGUACUAUCAGGUACCCCAGAUGCCCCAAUCCGGCGUCGCAAUGUCGCCCCCAGAACUCUCCCCUCUCUCAUUCUACGACACCCAAGCCGACUUCAGCGCCGACUCCGCCCCCUCCCGCGGAUCUCCCGUCUCCCCCGUCUUCCCCGCCUCAUCAUUCCCCCUGCCGUCCGGCUCCGACUGGCCCGCCUACUUCGAGAAGCCCACCCUCUCUCCGGACCUCGACGUCUUCUACGGCGAAUUCGGCAGCCCCAUGUCCUUCCUCUCCUCCCAAAACCUCACCCUCAGCCCCACCGCCAACCCCGCCGACCUCAUGUCCGACUCCGUCGCCUUUGGCCGGGAGGGCAUCAACGAUACCCAACCGCUCUUCCAAUCCCUCGACACCCCCGCCCCGAGGCCCCAAAACCAGAUCAAGACGGAGAGACUCUCAAGACCGGCACCCCGCCCCGAACAACAACAACCCAAACCCCAGCCCCAACAAAGAACAUCCCCGCGCAACAACGACCUGAAGCGCAAGUCCUCCGCCUCCUCCGCCUCCUCCCGCUCCGCCUCCCCCGAGCCCCCCGCCCGCCGCACAAAACACGAGCCCUCCAAGAACCCGCACAACAUGAUCGAGAAGCGCUACCGCGUCAACAUCAACGAGAAGAUCAUCGCCCUCCGCGACGCCGUCCCCUCCCUCCGCUGCGUCGUCCAGCAGACCGAGAACCCCCAAGCGCCCGCCGAGACCGACGAGGCGCCCUUCGACGUCGUCGAGGAGCUCGGCGGCCUCAUGCCCGCACGCAAGCUCAACAAGGCCACCAUCCUCAGCAAGGCCACCGAGUACAUCACGCACCUCGAGAAGAAGAACGGCCAGCUGUGGAAGGAGAACCAGGAGCUCGAGAAGAGGCUCGCCGAGGUCACGAGGUGGCAGCGCAGUCAGGCGCAGGCCGAGGCCGGGCCGUAUUGGUCUUAG